GAUGGCCCCCCCAGGGCAGGCCCUGCGGACACCUCCCCCUCCGGCUGGCGGAUGCAGUGCCUAGCGGCUGCUCUAAAAGACGAGACCAACAUGAGUGGGGGAGGGGAGCAGGCCGACAUCCUGCCGGCCAACUACGUGGUCAAGGAUCGCUGGAAGGUGCUGAAGAAGAUCGGGGGCGGGGGCUUUGGUGAGAUCUACGAGGCCAUGGACCUGCUGACCAGGGAGAAUGUGGCCCUCAAGGUGGAGUCAGCCCAGCAGCCCAAGCAGGUCCUCAAGAUGGAGGUGGCUGUGCUCAAGAAGCUGCAAGGGAAAGAUCACGUGUGCAGGUUCAUUGGCUGUGGCAGGAAUGAGAAGUUCAACUACGUUGUGAUGCAGCUGCAGGGCCGGAACCUGGCCGACCUGCGCCGCAGCCAGCCUCGAGGCACCUUCACGCUGAGCACCACGCUGCGGCUGGGCAAACAGAUCCUGGAGUCCAUUGAGGCCAUCCAUUCUGUGGGCUUCCUGCACCGGGACAUCAAGCCGUCAAACUUUGCCAUGGGCAGGCUGCCCUCCACCUACAGGAAGUGCUAUAUGCUGGACUUCGGGCUGGCCCGGCAGUACACCAACACCACGGGGGAUGUCCGGCCUCCUCGGAAUGUGGCUGGGUUUCGAGGGACUGUUCGUUAUGCCUCAGUCAAUGCCCACAAGAACCGGGAGAUGGGCCGCCAUGAUGACCUGUGGUCCCUCUUCUACAUGCUGGUGGAGUUUGCAGUGGGUCAGCUGCCCUGGAGGAAGAUCAAAGACAAAGAGCAGGUGGGGAUGAUCAAGGAGAAGUACGAGCACCGGAUGCUGCUGAAACACAUGCCUUCCGAGUUCCACCUCUUCCUGGAUCACAUCGCCAGCCUUGACUACUUCACCAAGCCUGAUUACCAGUUGAUCAUGUCGGUGUUUGAGAACAGCAUGAAGGAGCGGGGCAUUGCGGAGAAUGAGGCCUUUGACUGGGAGAAGGCGGGCACUGAUGCCCUCCUCUCCACUAGCACCUCCACCCCGCCCCAGCAGAACACGCGGCAGACGGCAGCCAUGUUUGGGGUGGUCAAUGUGACACCGGUGCCGGGAGACCUGCUCCGGGAGAACACGGAGGACGUGCUGCAGGGCGAGCACCUGAGCGACCAGGAAAAUGCACCCCCAAUCCUGCCUGGCCGGCCCCCAGAGGGACUGGGCCCAGGCCCCCACCUUACCCCCCAUCCCGGGGGCCCUGAGGCUGAGGUCUGGGAGGAGACAGAUGUCAACCGGAACAAGCUCCGCAUCAACAUUGGCAAAACCCCCUGUGUGGUGGAAGAGGAGCAGAGUCGAGGUGUGGGGGUCCCCAGCUCCCCAGUGCGUGCGCCCCCAGACUCUCCGACAACCCCAGUCCGUUCCCUGCGCUACCGGCGGGUCAACAGCCCCGAGUCGGAGAGGCUGUCGACGGCGGAUGGGCGGGUGGAGCUCCAUGAGAGGAGGUCACGGAUGGAUCUGCCUGGCUCACCCUCACGCCAGGCCUGCUCCUCACAGCCAGCCCAGAUGUUGUCAGUGGACACAGGCCAUGCUGACCGACAGGCCAGCGGCCGCAUGGAUGUGUCAGCCUCCGUGGAGCAGGAGGCCCUGAGCAACGCCUUCCGCUCGGUGCCACUGGCUGAAGAGGAGGACUUCGACAGCAAGGAGUGGGUCAUCAUUGACAAGGAGACGGAGCUCAAGGACUUCCCCCCAGGGGCUGAGCCUAGCACCUCGGGCACAACAGACGAGGAGCCUGAGGAGCUACGGCCAUUGCCUGAGGAGGGUGAGGAGCGGCGGCGACCAGGGGCCGAGUCAGUUGUCCGGCCCCGGGGACGUGGCAUGCAGACACUGGCCGAGGAGGACCCACGGCAUGCGUUGCCCCAGCCCCUGCCACCCCAGCUGAGCCAGGCUGAUGGCCGGUCAGAGACAUCACAGCCCCCCACGCCCGGCAGCCCUUCCCACUCGCCCCUGUACUCGGGACCUCGUCCUCGACGGAGAGAAUCGGAUCCCACGGGCCCACAGAGACAGGUGUUCUCCAUGGCCCCCCCGUUUGAGGUGAAUGGUCUCCCACGAGCUGUGCCUCUGAGCCUGCCCUACCAGGACUUCAAGCGGGACCUCUCUGACUACCGCGAGAGGGCACGCCUGCUCAACAGGGUCCGGAGGGUGGGCUUCUCCCACAUGUUGCUCACCACCCCCCAGACCCCGCUGGCUCCUGUCCAGCCUCAGGCCAAUGGGAAGGGGGGAGAGGAGGAAGAGGAGGAGGAGGAGGAGGAAGAGGAGGAAGAAGAAGAAGAGGAGGAGGAAGAGGAGGAGGAGGAGGAGGAAGAAGAGGAAGAGGAGGAAGAAGAGGAGGAGGAGGAGGCAGCAGUGGCUCUGGGGGAGGUGCUGGGCCCACACAGCGGCUCCAGCAGUGAGGGGAGUGAGAGGAGCACUGACCGGAGCCAAGAGGGUGCCCCGUCCACGCUGCUGGCUGAUGAUCAGAAGGAGUCCAGGGGCCGGGCCUCCGUGGCUGACGGGGACCUGGAGCCUGAAGAAGGCUCCAAAACUCUGGUGCUCGUCUCCCCAGGCGACAUGAAGAAGUCGCCUGUCACUGCCGAACUGGCCCCUGACCCUGACCUGGGCACCCUGGCUGCCCUCACGCCUCAGCAUGAGCGGCCUCAGCCCACAGGCAGCCAGCUGGAUGUGUCCGAGCCAGGAACCCUGUCCUCUGUCCUCAAGUCUGAGCCUAAGCCCCCUGGGCCUGGGACAGGCCUAGGGGCUGGGGCAGUGACCACAGGGGCAGGGGGAGUGGCAGUCACUUCCUCACCCUUCACCAAAGUUGAGAGGACCUUUGUGCACAUCGCAGAGAAAACCCACCUCAAUGUCAUGUCUUCCGGUGGGCAGGCCUUGCGGCCAGAGGAGCUUAGCACGGGAGGUGAGCUGGACCUGGAGGUGCCUUCGGAUGGGGGUGCUGCGGACAAGGGGGCCCCAGUACCCCUGGAGAAUGGCAUUGUCCUGUCAGGGCUGGAUGGGGCUGAGACGGAGAGCUAUGCCCUGUCUGGCCCCCCUGGGGAUACCCCUUCAGAGGUAGCCACAGACUUACUGCCCAAUGGCCCAGUCGUUUCUGACAGGCCAACUCCUGUGUCCCUGUUGGAGUCAGUCCCCAAGAAACUGGCCACCAUCUCCCCUAGCCGCCAUGCCGUACCAGGCUCUCGCCCAAGAAGCCGUAUUCCUGUCCUGCUGUCCGAGGAGGACACGGGCUCGGAGCCCUCAGGCUCACUGUCGGCCAAAGAACGGUGGAGCAAGAGGACGCGGCCACAGCAAGACCUGGCGCGGCUGGUGAUGGAGAAGAGGCAGGGCCGGCUGCUGCUGCGCCUGGCCUCGGGGGCCUCCUCCUCCUCCAGUGAGGACCAGUGUCGGGCCUCUGAGACACUCUCAGGGACCGGCUCUGAGGAGGACACCCCAGCCUCCGAGCCUGCGGCACCCCGGAAGGCAGGACGAGUAACAGCCACAAGGAGCCGGAUUCCCCGCCCCAUCAACAUCCGCAUGCCCACACCCGCCACAGCCCAGCAGCCCCCUGGCAGACCCCAUGGCACAGCCUCUGCAUCAGACACAGCCAUCACCAGCAGGCUCCAGCUGCAGAAGCCCCCAGGGCCGGCCACUGCUGCUGACCUCCGACCUAAACAGCCCCCCGGCCGUGGUCCGGGUCCAGGGAGAGCUCGAGCCGGAGCCAAGCCACCAGGCCCCAUGUCCUCCUCGGCACCCACCCCUGUACCCCGGAGCCCAGGCCUCUCUGCAGCCACACGCAACGCCAGUGUGUCGCCGCGGAGCCAGUCCCUGUCCCGCAAAGAGAGCCCCUCUCCCUCGCACCAGGCUCGACCUGCAGGCCCUCCACCCCGGGGAGCCCCGCAAGCUCGGGCCCUGGACGGCAGCCCCUCCCCGGGGGGCCCCAAGAAAGGACCCAGGGGGAAACUCCAGACUCAGAGUGCAGUAACCAAAGGCCGGGCAGGGGUCGCGGAGGGCCGGGCCGGGGCCAGAUCAUGA